UCAGUGUAAACAAAUCUGUGACCUGUUUUUUUGCUCCAGUGUUAUUUUCAACCAGAACUGCUGAAACUCUGUCCAUACUGCCACGUUUAUUGUUUUACAUCCGGAUGAGAGGUGUAAAAUGACUAAGCUAUGAUUAAAAAUGUAUGUUUCACUCCUUAGGUGAGAAACUUGAUCUGACUCCUGCAGCUAGCCAUCAAGUUGGUUUCUAUAGUAACGCCGCGACAGUAGCAUUUUUUUUUUUUUACCUUGGAGCUGCAGCUGUAGCAUUGGAGCUCAGUUAAGCUAGCAGAGAGGCUCUCCGUUUAGUUUAGUUUCACUGCGGUGAGGGUUAGCAGUGAAUAAAGGUCAUGCGCGCGCGGUGUUAGCAUAGCAGCUCUGAGAUGAUCACCUACCAGGUAAAAACUCCGGUGUCGCCACUGAAUCUUUUAAUACCGAACGGAGGCGCGGACGUGAGGCGGCGCGGCCCCGAUGCCGCGGAGCAGCCAACCUCCCGCAGCUUCUGGAUCAUGGGCGCGGGUCCACGCAGGACACAGAACUUAACUAAAGAUGAAAAAGUCCUGUCUGAUCGCUGUGACAGAAGGAAGGAGAUCUACUCGAGACAUUUUCUGUUUGAUAAACCAUGUAUGUACUUACACAAGGACAGAGGUUUGAUUCCUCCAUUGCCAAGAAACUUCCAUCUGCACAAACCUACAACCCUCCAUCCUUUGAACCUUUCCAAGCCUACGGCUCAAAGGCACGCGGGCCGACCUUUAACCCUGAGUUGUCGUGGGCGAUAUGAAGACAACACCAACCCAGCCAUUCUGCUUUCUUCCAGUUUCAUACUAAACGGUCAGAAUACCUUCUCAGGAGAAAACUGCAAACUUAUGAGACCCAAGGUCAAUUAUCCAGUUUAUAACCCUGUGACGGUAAAGUACAGUCAGAAAAGCCAGUCCUAUCCGGAUCCUCUGGUCGGAGCUCCUUGUGCGUUUCUCCAGCGGAUAACUGAGCUCUCCUCUUUAGAGGGAGAGACGCUGAGGCAAGAGAAGUCCAAGAAAAGGAAAUCCAAAAAAACGUCUUGACAAUCACCGUCCUCCGAGUCCCAACGGUCCAGAAUAAAAACCUGUGAGUCUGUGCCAACAGCCGACAGAGGUCAAAGCUUCGGGGCGUCCUGCUCGUUUCAGUGGCUCGUGCUGACGGCGUGUUUGUCCUCACUGAUAGUGGUCGGCUGCUUAAGCUGGCUGGUUCUUACAUUUUGGGACUCCUGAUGCUGCUUUGAUGGCUUUUAUGGUCAUCAUUUUCUCUGACAAAAGCAAACGAUGAAGAUUAAAUGUAGAUGUUCCAGCAUGAAGACGUUUAUGGCUGUUAAGGACUCUGCCAUACUUAGUCUGUAUGAUUAGUGUGCUGCAGAUGAUGUCUAAAUCUCAUCUUCAAUUAUAUUUUAUUCUAAGGCCUUUCAAACAUAUCUCUUUUGUAAAUAUGUAUUUAAAUAUUUCGUAGUAUAGAAAAUUGUGCCUUGUUCAGUGUCUUCCUAAAAUAAAAUAAAAAUAUUUUUGUG